ACUAUGUCGUGCUUGACUCAAAAAGAAGGCCGGCAUUUUGGGGAAAUAGCCAUUUAUCCAGAGUCAAAAAACGAAGAACUAAACGUAACCGUUCGCACAAUGACGACAGAAAUUGGGGUAAAAGGAAGAACGCAUCUAUUUAAAAAUAAGGGAAAAGAUGCUGAGGAAAUGCGAAGACGAAGAACUGAAGUUACUGUUGAACUAAGAAAGAACAAACGCGACCAUUAUGUGUUAAAGAGAAGAAACGUUCCAGCCCAAGACAGUACAGACUCUGAAGAUACAGAAAAACCCACACAUGAUUCCCUGCAGGCUAUUGUGGCAAACGCUUCAAGUCCAGAACCCACAGUCCAAUUAACAGCCGUGCAAGCAGCCAGAAAACUUUUGUCCAGUGACCGCAAUCCACCAAUUGAUGACUUGAUUUCAUCAGGAAUUCUACCAACACUCGUUGACUGCUUAGUAAAAGAUGACAACCCUUCUCUACAAUUUGAAGCUGCAUGGGCCCUAACCAAUAUAGCGUCAGGAAGUUCAGAACAAACACAAGCCGUUGUCAAUGCAGGUGCUGUGCCCUAUUUCCUACGACUCCUGGAAUCACCUCAUCAAAAUGUCUGCGAGCAAGCCGUGUGGGCUCUCGGCAACAUCAUUGGUGACGGGCCAAGGUGUCGGGAUUACGUGAUACAGCUGGGUGCCGUCAAGCCUCUAUUGUCUUUUAUCAACCCUAAUAUCCCACUCCCCUUUCUUCGAAAUGUCGCUUGGGUCAUUGUUAACUUGUGCCGCAAUAAGGAGCCACCUCCGCCUCUAGAUACCAUUCAGGAGAUCCUACCAGCUCUCACGCAACUCAUACACCACACGGACAUCAACAUUCUAGUGGACACUGUGUGGGCCUUGUCCUACCUGACAGAUGGUGGUAAUGAACAGAUACAGAUGGUGAUAGACUCUGAAGUAGUGCCCUUCCUAGUACCCCUGCUGAGUCAUCCUGAUGUCAAGGUCCAGACUGCUGCAUUGAGAGCUGUUGGGAACAUAGUGACCGGAACAGAUGAUGAAACGCAGGUCGUUCUAAACUGUGACGCCCUCUCACACUUCCCAGCUCUUCUUACACAUCCCAAAGAAAAAAUAAACAAGGAGUCUGUUUGGUUUUUGUCCAACAUAACUGCUGGCAAUCAACAGCAGGUGCAGGCAGUAAUUGAUGCUGGACUCAUCCCACUUAUCAUACACCAUUUAGUCAGGGGUGACUUUCAGACUAAGAAAGAAGCUGCCUGGGCGAUAAGUAAUCUGACCAUCAGUGGACGAAAGGAGCAGGUGUCGUAUGUGGUGGAGCAAGGAGUUAUUCCCCCUUUCUGUGACCUCCUCAGUGUAAAGGACACCCAGGUGGUGCAGGUGGUGCUAGAUGGAAUCAAUAACAUCCUCAAAAUGGCCGCCGAUGAGGUUGAGUCCAUCUGCCAGGUCGUCGAGGAGUGUGGAGGUUUAGACAAGAUUGAAAACUUACAGAAUCAUGAAAAUUCUGACAUCUACAGAUUAGCCUAUGAAAUUAUAGAUAACUACUUUUCUGAUGAGACGGAAGAAGAUCCUUCUGUGCUUCCCGAAUCCACAACCCAAGGUUUCCAAUUUGACCCUAACUCAACAGUUCCUUCAGAUGGGUUCAAGUUUUGACAACAAGAUGAUGGCCACGACGUUGACUUUCUAUCGUGGUACAGUCUAGGCGCUUGUUAGUACACCCUGUGAUUGGAGCUUGACAGGCUAGGCAAAGUUAGACAGCCAACCUUCUCCUCCCAGGAAAUCAAUUAACUCUUGUGUCCCUUCAUUUCAUAUCCGCCCCUCGGGCAUUGACAGGAGACAAUUCAACACAGGAUAACGUCUACUGUAUCAUGGACAGACAUGGACAGACAUGGACCUAACCUCAAGGAUGAUAUCUGAAACGACUCUUCCAGGAAAACGUCCA